CAGCGAGCUGCAGCUUUGGAUGAGAGCAGCAGAAAGAGGGACCGCACACAUCCAUCCAUCAUCUAUCCUGCCUACGUUUCCCCGUUUAUCGCUAUCUGUGGUCUGUGCUGCGAUGUUGACCCUGGACGUUUUGUCCCCGCUCCUCCUCCUCCUCCUCCCCUCCAUCCUGUUGCCUCGUUACGGUUGCCGGGCGGCGGACAUUCCUGAGGACACUACAUCAGAGUUCUCCGUCAGACUGUACCAGCGGCUGCAGGCGGCGGGGGAUCAGGACAACAUCAUCUUCUCCCCGCUGAGCGUGGCUGUAGCCCUCGGUAUGGUGGAGCUGGGGGCCAAGGGGGCGUCGCUGGACGAGAUCCGACAGGCGGUCGGGUUCAGCCACCUCAUGCCAGGCGUUGAGUUCUCUCUGCUCCAGAACCUGACCACGGCUCUGACAGACGAUGACACCCACUACAUCAUUCGAUUUGCCAACAGCCUCUUCCUGCAGGAGGGCGUCACCUUUAACCCUGAGUUUCUGCACCUGAUGAGGAAGUACUUCAAGGCAGACGUGGAAACCGUGGACUUCAGUGAAUCGGCGGCAGUGGCUGAGCAGAUCAACAGCUGGGUGGAAAAUCACACUGAGAGUAAGAUCCGUGAGCUGUUGUCAGCCGAGGACUUCAGCAGCGUGACCCGCCUGACCCUGGUCAACGCCGUCUACUUCAGGGGCUCCUGGAAAAACCAGUUCAGACCGGAGAACACCCGGACCUUCUCCUUCAGCAAAGAUGACGGCUCAGAGGUCCAGACGCUCAUGAUGUACCAGCAGGGAGACUUCUACUACGGUGAAUUCAGCGAUGGCUCACAGGAAGCAGGCGGUGUGUACCAGGUCUUGGAAAUGCCCUACGAGGGAGAGGACAUGUCCAUGAUGAUCGUUCUGCCCCGUCAGGAGGUCCCACUGGCGUCCCUGGAGCCCAUCAUUAAAGCCCCCCUGCUGGAGGAGUGGGCCAACAAUGUCAAACGGCAGAAGGUGGAGGUCUACCUGCCUAGGUUCAAAGUGGAGCAGAAGAUCGACCUGAGGAGCACUCUGCAGGAGCUCGGGAUAAAGAACAUCUUCACCAACGACGCUGAUCUCUCCGCCAUGACAGAUGGGAAGGACCUGUUCAUCGGGAAGGCGGUGCAGAAGGCUUACCUGGAGGUGACCGAGGAGGGGGCAGAGGGAGCUGUUGGAUCAGGAAUGAUCGCCCUCACCAGGACCCUGGUUCUGUACCCACAGGUCAUGGCCGAUCACCCGUUCUUCUUCAUCAUUAGAAACAGAAGGACAGGGUCCAUCCUCUUCAUGGGCCGAGUCAUGACCCCCGAAGUCAUCGAACCCACCGACCAAGACUUUGACUCCAUGUAAUCCCAGUCUCAGGUCACUCACUCUCAGCCAAUCAGAUCCUGACGUCAUAAACGCUGCCUAUCCUACUAUUGCCAUCUUCAGCUGUGUUUUAUACUCCUGAAAAAAUAUAUAAACUGAAUAUGAAACAAUAUAUUCUAUACUGAAAUACGACAUACGACAUAUAAUGUGACUGUGUUUUGAUACUGUAAGCUUUAAUCUCUUGGACAGAGGAAUGCAUUAAGGGGAGGAUGUAAAUAAUCUCUGGUAAAGGAUGGUUUGUAUAUGAGCAAAAAGAACACAUGAAAUGUAAUUCACGCACUACCCCUUUAAGUUAAGCAGCUUCUUACUCACCUGCGCCCACACACAGUGCACAAAGCGAUUUUCUCCCUAAAAAAUCGACUCUUACUCCAGAUGCAGUAUGCACACAGUGUACUUUCACACAUUAAAUAUACCCUUGUACAUUUGACAUUGUGUUCUAUACAUAUAUAUAUGCUCGGUAUUUAUUGCACACGUGCAAACAUUUUCUCCUAAUAAAUGAAUCUUAGUAACAUAUCUUCUAUAUCUACAGACAGUACUCUAGUCCUUUUUUUACACUGUAGGCACAUGGCUAAUCUGCUGAUGAACUAAUAUGCCUUAUCACAUCUGAGAGGUCGGUUUAACCCACCUGGGCAUCUCACAGGUGAGCAGAGGGGGCUGCGUAACUAUGGCAGGUUGCUAUAGAAACAGAAAGGGGCAAAAUGUGCUGUACCGUUUUGGAUGUACAUACAGGGAAAAACAGUAACACCAGCUGUACUCAGUCUUUACGAAAUAAAAACAUGAA